AUGGAUCGAGUGGAGCGGCAAAUAAAAAUGCACUCGGUUGUACAGCUUGAGUGUUGUAGUCUUCGUUUCUAUCAUUACGACUGUAUGAAGAAUGCGACAUUGGUACGAGGGCAAGAAAUGCGAUGUCCUGCAUGUAAUCGAGCAAAUGAGGAAACUUUUUUUGAGGAGACCAUCAAACGACAGGGGAUCUACUUCCAAACAUAAAUUGCAGCAAUCCCAUGUCUGACCCUGAAGAAGAAAGUUCCAAUGGAGAUAAUCGCUCCCGAUGUUACUACGCUAUGGUUUACUCGCAUCAGACCCAGUAAUUUCUCAUCGGGACUUGAACAUCACCUGGGUGGAACUGUUCGAAGCUGUUUGAGUUCAUUAGGACCAGACAAAUACGAUGACAGUGACGCACUAAAUGACCAGAUUUUCAAUCCUUUUGAGGCUCUGAAUGGUUGCAUUACAUGUGGCGUUCACUGUCAUAGACUUUGUGCUGGUCCCCCAUGGUCCACGUAUACCCCAGACGGUGAUGGUGAAGAGGAAAAAUGGCAAUGUGAUGAUUGCAGGUAGUA